ACAUGACAGACAAGGACCCCUGCCCUCUACGUUUAUGAAAGUGUUAUUCGAAGUGUAGGACAACAACAAUAUCGUUGAUAGCAGAUCUGAACGUGCGACGUUUAACAUUUAGGUUCUGUUUAACAUCUCUGAAUAUAUUUACACUACUUACUUACCGCCGAUUUAAUCACCUCAAAGUAUUAACAGUUCGUUCGCUGUCUAGAGCAGUCAACCAUGCAGAAUGACAUGAAGACUCCCUUGUUGGCCGGUGCUGCAUCUGAUGCCUCAGAGCCCCUGCCCCGGUGCCCAGGAGGCCCUGUGAUCAGUAUCAUUGGCUCUGGAGACUUCUCCCGGUCCCUUGCAAUCCGGCUGGUGGCCUGUGGUUUUAGGGUGGUGGUGGGUAGUCGCAACCCAAACCGUAUUGACAGGGGUCUGUUUCCUGAUGGGGUGGAUAUACGAUCGCAGAAGGAGGCAGUGGACAGUGCAGAGAGGGUGGUUUUUGCUGCAGUCUACCCAGAGCACUAUUACACCCUGGUGGGGCUGAGGCGUCAGCUGGCCGGCAAGGUGCUGGUAGAUGUAAGCAGUGCCACCAGGCUAAACAGUGGAGAGCAGUCAAAUGCAGAGAAACUUGCAGAGCUUUUCCCAGAGAGCAGGGUGGUGAAGGGCUUCAAUGUUAUCUCUGCAUGGGCACUGCAGGCUGGAGUUCAUGAUGGAAGCAGGCAGGUCCUGAUCUGCAGCGACUGCUCCACCUCUAAAGACACUGUGCUCCAGCUGGCUCGUUCUAUGGGCUUUAGCCCCAUGGAUGUGGGAGGUCUGUGCCAAUCCAGAGACAUUGAGGAAGCCCCACUCAUCCUCUUCCCCUCCUGGGGAGGCCCCAUUUUGACUACCUUCAUUCUCUUCCUGUUCUUCUAUGGAUACAACUCUCUGAAGCAUAUACUGCUGCCCUACCUUGAUAAAGGACAGAACAAUUUCCACCAGCUCCCACUAGUGACUAUGAAUGAGACACUGCCAGCGGUUGCCUUGGUUACACUGGCUCUAGUCUAUCUACCAGGUCUGGUGGCGGCUGUUUUUCAGCUGUGCAGGGGAACCAAAUAUAAGAGAUUUCCACGUUGGCUAGAUCACUGGCUGUGCAGGCGGAAGCAGCUUGGCCUGCUAAGCUUCCUUUGCGUUGUCCUCCAUGCUGUGUACAGUAUGUGUCUGACACUGCGGAGGGCUGCAGGGUACACACUACUCAAUGCUGCUUACCACCAGGUGAAAGCUGAUGUUGAAAACUCCUCAGUGGGGCAGCAGGUAUGGAGGUCUGACCUUUACCUGUCCUGUGGAAUUCUUGGAUUUGGAGUCCUCACUCUGUUAGCUAUUACUUCUCUGCCCUCUGUGGGAAAUGCCUUCAACUGGAGGGAGUUUACAUUUGUUCAGUCAGGACUUGGUUAUACUGCUUUAACUUUAUCCAUCAUGCACACUCUCUUCUUCGGCUGGGACUUCGCCUUCUUCCCUGUGGCCUAUCCUUAUUACCUGCCACCAAUGUACCUGCUGGCCCUCAUCCUGCCCUGCAUAGUUCUGGUCGGACGGCUCUUCUUGGCUCUGCCAUGCCUGACAUUAAGACUGGCAAAGAUCCGAAGGGGUUGGGAGAGUGCAAGACACUGGCCCCGAAAUAACCAGGAGCCAAGGUCAAAUGAAGCAGAUCCUCCUCAAAAUGUUGGUGACGUCUAGUGUUCAAGAUAUUAAGUCUGGACAUGCCAUAUUUUUGUUUUUUCUCUGUGACAGUAUAAAUUCUGUCACUUCUUCUGUACUUUGAGAAGGUAGAGCUGAACAUUACUGGAAAAAGAGACACACAGUGACAGGAGGGGGAAAAUAGAGAGAGUGCAGAGCAGUGAUCUAACCUGUCCAUGAUCCUAGCGUAGCCUUAAUUUUUUUGCAAUGACUUGGCAUUCUAAGAUUUUUAAGAUUAUUGUUAGAAAGUUUUUUUUUUUAGUUAUUAACAGUCUAGAAAGUCUAGAAAUUUAGACAAGGGGCAUCUCUUCACAGCAGAUGUCAUGUCCUGCUGGAUUCCUAAGUGAGACAGCAGAGUGACAGGGGCCAGUUGCUGCUAGACAUUUCGUAGGCCAUUUAAGAUUAGCCUGUGCACACUUGGCAUCAGCCAGCUUCAAAUGGCAUAUAUUUCUUGGUCACUUGGUCUUGGCUACAAAUGCAGUUUUAAUUAUCAGUUAGUCCGCCAAAUACUUUCUGAAUUAAUAAUGCAACAUUUAAAAAAAUCUCAUCACAGUCUUUCAACGUCUAAGGCAACACUGUCCAAUGAUUUGUUUGACCAUCAGUCUAAAGAAAUGCAAUUUACUGUCAUCAAAGACUAAGAAAAUCAGCAAGAGGCUCGAACAGUGUCUCAAGGAUAAUUGUUAUUUUAUGAUCAAAAAUUUAUUUAAUGAUUAAUCAAUUAUUAUUGACCUGCUGUGUUUUUACUAAAUGUGUUAUUUUAUAUUAGUGUAGCAGUUGAAAUAUAAGUGUACCAGAUGAUCAUUCUCUAAUUUACCCAUGAUUAGUACCAAAUGCAGCACCCUGGUGGCCUAGCGGUUAAGGAUCACCUAGUGGUUUGAAACCCUGGUUUGAGUGUGACCAGGGACCAUGGGUUGUCAUUGCCCAAUUCUAUAUAUCUUGUUUCCUGUAUUGUCAAUAUCUAAUUAAGGCAUAAAUUGCCUUAAUUUUCAGUUUACAAUGAAAAAUGAUUUAUCCAUGAUCCUCAAACAUGCUAAGUUUUUAACACAUUUUAACCAAAAACAGAAAGUUUUGUCCUUAUCUUGUGGAGAACUCUGCACAGCCAUUAAGAUGAACUGUCCUCAGGGAACAGAAUACAAUUUUCCUUCAAGGGGAUUUACAUAUGACUUUAUGUACUUAAAAAAGGUAUAAUAGUACAAUUUAGGUGUAAACUAAAAGGGCCUUGUAGGUUGAUUGCACACAGGAGUCACUUCUGUCAGGAUGUUCAGUCCUUGGAAUUGAAGUUUGUUUAUGAAAAAGUUACAAAGUAUCACCUGUAAUACACAUUUCACCCUCAAUAUCAUUUUAAACCUUUUCAUUUGUAAUUUUUUGUUCAGGAAUAAUUAUUUCUGCAGUUUGGAAACAAGCUUUGCUGAUCUGUUUUAAAUGACAUCUCCGAUGUGGAACACAAAAACAAUUGAAUUACACCUGUAAAAUGUGCUUCAGUACUGCAGUCCUACAAUAAAUCCUAUCUAUAUCAAGUUA